UGAAAAGAACGGGAAGCGAGGAAGCAGAAAGGAAGGAGAGAAAGAAGGAACCAAAAAAAAACAACCCCUCCUCUCUUCACGAUUCCGAGUCAAAAGUUGUUACGCGGCCAGUUUCAAACCCUUUUAUACGUUGCCGCUCCCUGACCCCUCUCUCUGUUCCCUGCCUCAUCAGAUAGGUAGAGAAAUUCCUUCCUUAGCUCGAGGGCCAUGCCCAGUUCCUCCAUUCCAAAGAAAAGGAUGCCGCUUUAAACACCUGCUUUAAACCUCCAGUCCUGAUUGAUCCCGUAUAAGUACUUGCCUUACUCCGUGCGCGUUUCCGCCAUGGAAAGCGAGGGCAGGCCUUGUUCGAGAUAGAUACGGAGAAGAGAGGGAAAGGUUUUGGAUCGGACGAUGAGUAAGAAACGGAAUUAAUGGUGAGAGAGACCGGAACUAAGCAGUAUCUGUUGGUCUCCCUUCUGGUUGUGCCGGCUUCAACAGGGUCGUCAAGGUGUGGUGGUGCGCCCAGAAGAGCAGCCCCGCCGGAUAUGCUUCCGAGGGAGGAGGCGACGUCUGGAAGAUAAAGCUUCGAACCUGCUUACCGGCGACAUGGAAUCGAGGAGAUCGGAGCGGUUAGUGUUGCUGCUUUGCUUCUUUGCAGCCAUCACAUGCGCGCAAGCGCAGGCCCAAGCCACUCUACAAGGAUCCAAAAGCUCACCCCACAGUGGAGCAGCAGGUAAGGUUUUGUUGGAGACGGGUAAUAAUAGAUCGGAUAGCGACCUUUCGAGGAGAACGAGAAGAAUCGACCCUCUUGAUGGCUUAAGGAAGUAUGUGGGAGGGUAUAACAUCACAAACGAGCACUACUGGAGUUCAACCAUAUUUACAGGUAGAUUCGGAUAUAUCAUCGCGGCAUUAUGGGUUAUCGGUGGUAGUCUUUUUGCGGGGUUUCUUCUUGUUUCGAAGAUUUUCUUCGCCGAGAGGAAAGAAAGAUAUGGUGUCAUUGACAAUUUUCUUGACAAAUACCACAUUUUGUCUGUGAUAUGUCUCAUUCUUCUUGCAGCUUUUGCCAUAGUUGCAUCAUCAAUCGCACUUUACGGCGCUGUAAGAUUUCAUUCUAGAGCAGAGUCCAUCAAAGAGAUCGUUGGUAGAACUGCGUUUGAGGCGGCGGCGACGAUAUACAACAUUACAGGAGCCAUUGAGAGGAUGGAAAACACAUCGAGGCUAUACAGUAACAGCAGCAAAGCCUUCGAUCAUCUGAACUCCACAGUACAGACACUCAACUCUGAAGCCGUAGAGAUUCAGGAGAAGGCCGAGAAGAACAUGCGCUUGGCCAGCAAAGGCAUCAACACCCUGGAAGCUGUCACCAUUUCAACCGUGACGCUGAAUCUUGUCGCGGUUCUUGCAUUGCUAGUGGCAAGACCUCUAAGGCUACAUAAAUUGUACUACUUGUGCAUAGCCUUGUGCUGGGCACUGACAGCCCUCUUUUGGAUGUACUUUGGACUGUAUUACUUCUUCGACAAGUUUGCGGGCGACACGUGUGCGGCCCUCGAGGAGUACCAGCUGAACCCCAAGAACAGUACUUUGGGCACCAUCAUACCCUGCAGCGAGAAGCUGUACGGAGGCAUGAUCCUGCACAAUGUUAGUGCAGGAAUCCACGAGAUCAUAGACCAGGUGAAUUCCAACAUCUACUCGAUCAAGUCGCAGUACGGCGUGAAGCAGCUAGACUACAUCUGCAACCCGUUCACCGGGCCGCCGGAGUACAGGUACCGGCCGGAGAACUGCGCCUCCGGUGAAGCCACCAUCGGUGAUAUCCCUCAGAUCCUGAAGAGGCUGACCUGCUCGGUUCUGGGCGGCGGCGCCAACUGCGCGCCGGCCGAGCUCUCAUCGGCGAUCGACUACGACAUGGUGCAGACGUACACGAGCUCCAUCCAGAACGUGCUGGACAUCUUCCCGGGCACGGAGCGGCUGGUGAGCUGCGAGCUGGUGAAGGCCGGCUUCUCUGACAUCGUGGGCAACCAGUGCGCGCCGCUGCGGCGUGGCGCGCGCGCGACGUGGGCCUCCCUCGCAGCGCUGUCUUCGGUCAUGGCGCUGCUCGUGCUCGCCUCGGCGGCGCUCCGACGCCGCUACGCCGCCGACGACCGCCACUCGGUGAGGCAUCUCACCUCGUCGUCCAACUCGGAGACGUCGGAGACCGAGUUCGCCGAGAUGCACGCCAAGACAAUGCGAGUUAAGGUCGUCGGGCCGUGAUCGGGAGAGCGAGAUCAAAUUCUUUUUGCUGUGCUCUUUGCUCUUUGCAGGGGAGAAGUUGAGAGGCAGAGUAGUAUACAGCCGGCGGGAGAGACUGAUCCCGGAGAGAUCGUCCAUCGCCGGCGCGCCAUUGACGCGAAAUGUUUGGUUCCUUUUUGUGGGAGGUCUGGAGAAUCCAGCCAUACACCGUGCGCUUCGUAUAGGAGAGGAAGAUGAGAAAUUGGUUUAAUCAUGUAUAUGGUCGGCAAAAAUGAUGAUAAUUGUAUAAAAACUAAACAUAGUUCAUUUUA